CAUGCGCACAUGCGCAGUGUAAAGCGACGUGGCAUGCAUACAGUGCAACACACAACGUAUGGAACCGAUCAUUUUGCCAUUAAAUUGUGUGAAAAAUUAAGCUCAAAAUGGGCGAUCUCCACUUCCUCGUUUUAGGAGCAUGUGUGCUCUGCUGUGUUUCACCGAUCAGAGGGUAUUUUAUUGCCAUUGAUGCGCAUGCUGAGGAGUGUUUUCACGACAAAGUCACUUCGGGAACAAAAAUGGCCUUGACUUUUGAAGUCGCUGAGGGCGGUUUUCUUGAUAUUGAUGUUAAGAUCACUGGACCCGACAACAAGGUCAUCUACUCCGGGGAGAGAGAAUCCAACGGAAAGUACACCUUCCCAGCGCACAUGGACGGGCAGUACCGCUACUGCUUCAGCAACAGGAUGUCAACCAUGACGCCCAAGGUUGUCAUGUUCUCCAUCGAUAUUGGAGAUUCGCCAAAAGACCAGUCCAUGGACACAGAGGGUAAUGAUCAUCAUAACAAACUUGAGGAUAUGAUUAACCAACUUGCCACCGGGCUGACGGCUGUCAAACAUGAGCAGGAAUACAUGGAGGUCCGAGAAAGGGUCCAUAGGUCAAUUAACGACAACACAAACUCCAGAGUAGUCUUAUGGUCUUUCUUUGAGAGCUUGGUGCUGGUUGCCAUGACGCUGGGUCAAGUUUACUACCUUAAGCGCUUCUUUGAAGUCAGAAGGGUGGUUUAACCGUCUGUUAAAAAUGUCUGCCACAGGACAGUUACGAGUUCAGUAAUGUGAAAACUCCCACUUUUGCCAAGCAAAGAAGACAUAUUGUUUGAUAUCGAGUGACUUUUUGUUUUAUUUCCUCAACUGGCAUUAAAAAUUGAAAAACACUGUUAAAAGUCUUGUAAAGUCUUACUCUUUCCUCUUUAAAAGA